AUGGCGCCCCUCGUCCUGUCUGAGCGUUACUCUAAGUACUUCCGCGGCAAGCACGUGCUCAUCACCGGCGCGUCUGAGGGCGUCGGCGCCGAGAUCGCCAAGAUGCUCGCCGCCGCUGGCGCGCGCGCGACGCUCGUCGCGCGCACGGAGAGCAAGCUGCGCGCGAUCGAGGCGGCCUGCGAAGAGGCGCGAGGCCAGGCGGCCGACGCCACGGGCGGCGCUGCGGGCGGCGCGGGGCGGGUUGCGUUCUCCGCGCCGGCCGACGUGACAGACGAGCCGGCGCUCGCGGCGGCGGUGGCGGCGGGCGUCGAGGCGCUUGGGCCGGUCGACAUGCUGAUCACAUGCGCGGGCGCGGCCGAGUGCUCCUACUUCCACGCCAGUGACACUGCCGCCUUCCGCUUCAUGAUGGACCUGAACUAUAUGGGAGUGGUCCAUGCUGUGCGCGCUGUUCUGCCGGGCAUGCUGCGGCGCAAAGAGGGACACCUGGUGGCCGUGGCGUCGACGCUGUCGCUCAUGGGUGGGCGCCGGGCCGGCCGGGCCUCUGCGGCCGGGCCUCUGAGGCCGGGCCUUUGCGGCCGGGCCUCUGCGGGCGGGCCACUGCAGGCGGGGGCGCAGGCGGCCCGCGGGGCAGGGCGCUGA